AUGCUUAAUGAUGAUAAAAUGUGGCGCCGAUAUUUGAUGUGGUUUGCUCACGAACAUGUAGAUUUCCGACAUGCGGAAAUAAAUAGUAUAUUAUCAAUAUUUAAUAUACCAAUCAAAUACAUAGAACAACCGUCUGUACAAAAACCGUAUUGGAUAGUUGAAUUACCUACUGAAGAUUCUGUUAAGAAGAUCGCUUCAAGAUCUGUACUUGUCAAAUGCUGCAUUGAGCUUUGGUCGAGAGCUAAUACAGAGUCACAAUUACAUACAAACUUAAAGAAUUCUUUACAAAACAAGACAGGCAAAUGGGUGGUAGGUGAUGAUAAUAGCAAUUGUACGAGUGAUAAAUAUUUUUGUCCAAAAGAACUAAUAGAAUCAUGUUGUACAGCGAAAAAUUCGUUUAAAAUAGAAGUUGAGACAUUCUGCAAGCAUUUCACGUUGAAAGAAAAAGUAGAAAAGAUAGAGGGGUUCAGCUACUUACCGUUAGACGGUCCUGUAAAAUUAAAAAAUCCAGAUGUGACCUUAUCUUACUUGGAGUUUUAUGGAGUAGAUCCCAAUAAUGUUCCCGGGAAGCCCUAUGAUGUAUUUUUUGGAAAGUGGGUAGCAGAUGGACAGCGGGAAUUGAUCCAGACCCAUUCGCUGAAGAAGCGUCAGUUCAUUGGCAACACAAGUAUGGAUGCCCAGCUCUCGAUCAUAAUGGCGAACCAGGCGCAAGUGAGACCCGGAGAUUUGGUGCUUGACCCUUUUGUAGGGUCAGGGUCAUUGCUCGUGCCAGCUGCACAUUUCGGAGCACACGUUUGGGGUUCCGACAUCGACUUUAUGAUGCUGCAUUCCAGAACGCGUCCCACCCGUGUUGGACAAAAGGUUCGUACAAAAGAUGAGAGCAUACGCGGCAAUAUGAAGCAAUAUGGUAUUGAGUCCCAGUAUUUAGACGUGGUUGUUAGCGAUUUUUCAAUGCCUAUGUGGCGACCAGGAUUGAAGUUCGACGCUAUUAUUACCGACCCACCCUACGGUGUUCGGGAGCCUACAGAACGUAUUGGUAUAGAGCGCGAGAACUACACUUUAACCGAAGACCAUUUAGUGAACCAUAUCCCCGCCAAAGUGGAGUACGGUUUGCCUCACUUAUAUAGUGAUCUGCUCAACUUUGCCGCCACUCAUCUGCAGAUCGGCAGACGACUUGUAUGCUGGUACCCUUUAGUUAGAGAGGAAUACAACGAAGACCAACUACCGCGUCAUCCGUGCUUCGAACUGGUAUCGAACUCGGAGCAGGUGUUAUCCAAGCUGACGGCAAGGCGGCUUCUCACUUACCAGAAGGUGCAUGACGACGUGCCUCCUGUACCAAUCGAACCUAUCGCUAGGGCCUACAAUUUUAGAGAGAAGUACUUUUCCGUUGGUGAAGAAUCAAGACGGGAGAGAAAAGAGAGGAAAGCAGAAGAAUUGGCCACCAACCCUCUGUGGAGAGCAGCGAAGAAUCUGGACAGUGUAACAUGA